UAGGCGCUGUGGUUUCUGGGCCCCCCGGGAACCGCGACACAGACCAGCCUGAAGCGCGCGCGCCCACUUCAGGCGGGUGUUCGGUGGGUGGCGAAUGCCUGCCCGCAACCCGAGGGGGCAUUAGGGGGCCCCGGGCCGUGCUGCAGAGAGGCUCAAGAGGCUCGGAGAACCAGGCUAGAGUUCACAUUUACCAAGAAAACUUGAAAAUGAGCAGCCGACGGAAACGUGCUCUUCCCGUGAAGAUAGAUGAAGAAAAGCAACAGCAGCUCCGUUGGAAUAUGCAUGAGGACAGAAGAAAUGAGCCUCUCCUCUUCACUGAUGACGAGCACUCCUGCCCCUGUUCAGACUCCUCUUCUGCUCAUUGCGUCAUCCUAGAUGAUAGUCUACAGGAGGAAGUGGCUCCUAGGGAUAAGAAGAGGUGUUCAGAGGCAGUGAGUGGCUCAAAAUCAGUCGAUAGAGAAGAGACUGGGGGCACUUCUUCCCCUUUGUCUGUAAAGCUGAAUAUUGUGAUUUCUCCCCAUCACUUUGAUAAUUCUUGGAAAGCAUUUCUAGGAGAAUUAACUCUCCAGCUUCUUCCUGAACAGAGUUUAAUUGAAAAUUUUUCUGAGAGGAGUUUUACACUGAUGAGUUCAGAGUCAAGCGAUCAGUUCCUGAUCUGUGUUCAUUCAGAAUGCAAAGAUGGAGAGAAACAAGAAAAAGGACUCAAUGAGCCGAUCGGUAUUUGUAACAGGGGUAUUCGAGUGGAAUCAUCCUUCAGCGGUGAAAUGUUAGAAGAUUUGGGGUGGCUGCAAAAGAAGAGAAGAAUAAAACUUUACCAAAAACCAGAAGGAAGUCACAUUAUCAAGGUUGGAAUUUAUCUUUUGGAAUAUGGCCUAGCGAAACUAGACUUUUUAAGUGAUGCAAAUUCAAGAAUGAAAAAGUUCAAUCAACUCAUGAAGAGAGUGAUGGAGAAGUUAUACAAUUUUAUUAUUCCAGAUGUGUUAGAAGAGGUUGAGGAAGAUUCCGAGAGCGAGCCAGAGGGACAGGAUAUUGAUGAGCUCUAUCACUUCGUGAAGCAAGCACAUCAGCAAGAGACACAGUCCAUCCAAGUGGAUGUCCAGCAUCCUGCUUUGACUCCUGUGUUGAGACCAUACCAAAGAGAGGCUGUCAAUUGGAUGCUGCAGCAAGAGCGUUUCAGAAGCACUCCUGCCAGUGAAAAUGCCCUGCACUUCUUAUGGCGAGAGAUUGUUACACCUGAUGGUUUGAAACUCUACUACAAUCCGUAUACAGGCUGCAUCAUCCGCGAGUACCCAAGUGCUGGGCCACAGUUGCUUGGAGGAAUCUUAGCAGAUGAGAUGGGUCUCGGCAAGACGGUGGAGGUGUUGGCUCUGAUUCUGACACACACUCGACAAGAUGUCAAACAAGAUGCUCCCACUCUCCCUGAGGGAAAAGUGGUGAAUUACUUCAUUCCAUCACAUCAAUCUGGAGGAAAAGUUAAAAACACGGAAACCCAGAAUAUGGAAUUUGAACCAAAAGAAAAAGUUCAGUGCCCCCCUACACGUGUGAUGAUCCUGACUGCUGUGAAAGAAAUGAAUGGAAAAAAAGGAGUUUCUAUCCUUUCCAUCUAUAAGUAUGUCAGUUCUAUAUAUAGAUAUGAUGUUCAGCGGAACAGGAGUCUUCUGAAACGGAUGCUGAAAUGUUUAAUUUUUGAAGGUCUUGUGAAACAGAUCAAAGGCCAUGGUUUUUCGGGGACUUUUACAUUGGGGAAGAAUUAUAAGGAAGAGGAUAUAUAUGAUAAAACAAAAAAGCAGGUGGUAGGGAGUCCAAGGAAAAUUCAGAAAGAGUCAAGAAAAUCGGGGAGCAAGGACACAGAUUCUGAAUACUUGCCAUCAAACACCUCUGAUGAUGAUGAUGAUCCUUACUAUUAUUACUGUAAGGCCAGGAGAAAUCGUAGUAAAUUGAGGAAAAAGCCUAUUCCAACCACAAAAAAGGGAAAAAGUCAGUGUAACGUCAAUCUCAACUCACAAGGUCACUGUCCAGCUGCCAGUGACUCUGGAAUUCCAGAUGUUACCACAUCUAGUGGUACAUGUGUCUUUGAAGGCAAACAAGAACAUGAAGCAAAGGACCAAGCUGAAUCUCUAAACCCCGCUGGUGGUGAUGUCCCACUUUCUAAUGUCACGAGUCCCUAUAAUUCCUCGGAUUAUCGCUUUGAGUGCAUAUGUGGUGAAUUUGACCAAAUAGACCAUAAGCCUCGUGUUCAGUGCCUGAAAUGCCACCUGUGGCAACACGCAAAAUGUGUGAAUUAUGAAGAGAAGAAUCUGAAGAUUAAGCCUUUUUACUGCCCCCACUGCCUUGUCGCGAUGGAGCCAGUGUCCACAAGAGCAACUCUGAUCAUCUCCCCCAGCUCCAUCUGUCAUCAGUGGGUGGAUGAGAUCAACAGGCAUGUGAGGUCGUCAUCUCUUCGAGUCUUGGUAUAUCAAGGAGUGAAGAAAGAUGGCUUUUUACAGCCUCAUUUUUUGGCGGAACAGGAUAUAGUUAUCAUUACCUAUGAUGUCCUUCGUUCAGAACUAAACUAUGUAGAUAUCCCACACAGCAAUAGUGAGGAUGGGCGUCGCUUCCGGAACCAGAAGCGCUAUAUGGCCAUUCCCAGCCCUCUGGUAGCUGUGGAGUGGUGGAGGAUCUGCCUGGAUGAAGCUCAGAUGGUCGAAUGUCCUGCUGUCAAAGCUGCAGAAAUGGCUCAGCGCUUGAGUGGGAUUAAUCGCUGGUGCAUCAGUGGCACUCCAGUACAGAGAGGACUGGAGGAUCUUUUUGGGUUAGUGGUCUUUCUCGGUAUUGAGCCUUACUGUGUCAGGCACUGGUGGGUUCGCCUUCUCUAUCGCCCUUACUGCAAGACGAAUCCUCAGCUCCUCUACAGCUUUAUUGCCAAGAUACUCUGGAGGUCUGCAAAGAAAGACGUGAUUGACCAAAUCCAGAUACCGCCUCAGACAGAAGAAAUACACUGGCUCCAUUUCUCUCCGGUGGAAAGACAUUUCUACCACCGUCAGCGUGAGGUGUGCUGCCAGGAUGCAGUAGUAAAACUCAGGAAGAUCGCCGACUGGGCUCUCAAGCUCAGCAGCCUGGACCGCAGGACGGUCACCCCCAUCCUGCACCCGUUGCUGCGGCUCAGGCAGGCCUGCUGCCACCCACAGGCCGUCCGCGGGGAGUUCCUGCCCCUGCAGAAAAGCACCAUGACAAUGGAAGAGCUGCUGACGUCUCUGCAGAAGAAAUGUGGCACUGAGUGUGAAGAAGCACAUCGGCAGCUAGUCUGCGCUCUCAAUGGCUUAGCGGGCAUCCACAUCAUUAAAGGUGAGUAUGCCUUGGCAGCAGAACUGUACAGAGAAGUGUUACGUUCAUCUGAGGAACACAAGGCGAAACUCAAAACCGAUUCACUGCAAAGACUUCAUGCUACCCAUAACUUGAUGGAAUUGUUGGUCGCCAAGCAUCCAGGGAUACCUCCUACCUUGCGAGAUGGCAGGCUUGAGGAAGAGGCCCAGCAGCUGCGGGAGCAUUACAUGAGCAAGUGUAACGCGGAAGUUGCCGAAGCGCAGCAAGCUCUGCUGCCCGUACAGCAGACCGUGCGUGAGCUCCAGAGAAAGAUAUAUUCUAAUUCUCCUUGGUGGCUGAAUGUGAUCCACAGAGCAAUAGAAUUUGCUAUUGAUGAGGAGCUUGUUCAACGGGUGCGAAAUGAAAUAACCAGCAACUACAAGCAACAAACUGGCAAGCUUUCUAUGUCAGAGAAGUUCCACGACUGCAGAGGUCUUCAGUUCUUACUUACAACACACAUGGAAGAGCUGAGUAAAUUCCAGAAGCUCGUCAGAGAGUCUGUGCAAAAACUGGAGGGACCCCCGUCCCGGAAUGUUAUCGAGUCUGCAACAGUCUGCCACCUCCGGCCAGCCAGACUUCCUCUCAACUGCUGUGUCUUUUGUAAGGCUGAUGAACUGUUCACAGAGUAUGAGUCGAAGCUAUUUUCUCACACAGUCAAAGGCCAGACUGCAAUAUUUGAGGAGAUGAUAGAAGAUGAAGAAGGACUGGUGGAUGAUCGAAUACCUACCACCAACCGGGGUCUGUGGGCAGUAAGUGAGACAGAGCGAUCUAUGAAAGCGCUGCUGUCGUUUGCAAAGUCACAUAGAUUUGAUGUUGAGUUCAUUGAUGAAGGAAGUGCUUCAAUGGAUCUCUUUGAAGCUUGGAAGAAGGAGUAUAAGUUGCUGCAUGAAUAUUGGAUGGCUCUGCGGAAUCGUGUCUCUGCUGUUGAUGAACUUGCAAUGGCUACAGAACGAUUUCGAGUGCGUGAUCCGAGGGAGCCAAAGCCCACUCCACCCGUUCUUCACAUCAUUGAACCACACGAGGUAAUUAAUUUGCAAGUAGAACAAAAUCGCAUAAAGCUACUCAAUGAUAAAGCGGUUGCCACAUCACAGCUUCAGAAGAAGCUUGGGCAGCUUCUUUACCUAACUAACUUGGAGAAGUCUCAAGACAAAACAUCAGGAGGUAUUAAUCCAGAACCUUGUCCAAUCUGUGCUCGGCAGCUGGGAAAACAGUGGGCAGUACUGACCUGCGGGCACUGUUUCUGUAAUGAAUGCGUUUCAAUUAUUAUUGAGCAGUACAGCGUGGGGUCUCACAGAAGCUCCAUUAAGUGUGCCAUCUGCCGCCAGAACACAUCUCACAAAGAAAUCUCGUAUGUCUUCACCUCAGAGAAAGCCAGCCAGGAGGAGGACAUCCCUGUGAAGGGCAGCCAUUCUACGAAAGUGGAAGCUGUGGUCAGAACUCUGAUGAGAAUCCAGCGUAGAGAUCCGGGGGCUAAAGCCCUGGUGUUCUCGACGUGGCAAGAUGUAUUAGAUAUCAUUUCAAAGGCUCUCACUGACAACAACGUGGAGUUUGCACAGAUCAGUCGCGUGAAAACGUUUCAGGAGAACCUUUCAGCAUUUAAAUAUGAUCCCCAAAUCAAUAUUUUGCUGCUGCCCCUGCACACAGGUUCUAAUGGAUUAACUAUCAUUGAAGCAACUCACGUUCUCUUGGUGGAGCCCAUUUUGAACCCUGCCCAUGAGCUUCAGGCCAUAGGAAGGGUGCACCGAAUUGGACAAACAAAACCUACUAUUGUACACAGAUUCUUAAUUAAAGCAACAAUAGAAGAAAGAAUGCAGGCAAUGCUGAAAACUGCUGAGAGGAGUCACACGAAUUCGUCGGCGAAGUGCUCAGAGGCCUCCGUCCUGACCGUGGCUGAUCUGGCAGACCUGUUUACCAAAGAGACCGAAGAGCUUGAGUGAAGUGCCCCUGAUGCAAUCCACAGAAUGAUGUAUUUAAAACUUUCAUAGCUUCUAGAGCAAAGUUAUAAGACAAAGAUCCAGUGGAUGUCAGUCAGCACUGUCCUUGGUUGAGUGAAUUUCUCUUUUUCAGUUGUACAAUGUCCUAGUCGUUAUUAGGUCCUUUUCAAUAUAGUUUCCAAAAGAUCUAUAAAGAUUUUUAAUUUUACACUCCUAGUAAAACAUUUAUUUUUGUUCCAAAGAAUAUCUAUAUCUGAGAGAAUUAAGAGAGGUAACAUGUACUUUUCUUUUGAUAAGAUCAGUCUUAAAAAGAGUGGGAAUAAGAAAAAGUAAACUAGUCUAGUUUAUAUGACCUCAUGUAUUUAACCAACAUAGAUCUCGUUUUUGGAAGGGCCUUCAGUAUCUUUAGCACAUGAUUCACCAAUCUUUUGUUAGUAAUAUUUUAAGUAAAUGGUGAAUUAUGUUAACUCCUAGUUAUUUGAGUAGGUUUAGACUGUAACGCCAUGCAUAGUAACUUUACAGUAAUACAACUCCUAAAUAAGUUAAUAUUAGGCAAUGAUUUCUUUUCUCUGUACCCUGCUACUAGAAAUUGAAACACUGAAAACUUUUCGUAUUUCUAUUUUACAUUAAGGAGUAUCAGUGUAAGCAGUUAACUUUAAAUAGCUUUUUCAAGUGUGUUAACAUUUACCUUAAAAUUAUCUAAACUGCUUCCUCUACUUUUAAUUUUUCCUCUUGUUAAGUUUUUACAUGUUUUAAGAUUGAUGUAUCUGUAAAUAUUGCAAUUUUUAUAAUUUUAGUUCUUAUCAUUAUAACAUGGAAAUAUGGCAGGGGUUUUUUUAGUCAUUAUUACACUGAUGGCUUGAAUUCUUUUCCUUUCCCACUUUCUUGUGUAACUAGACUUUAAACCAUUAAUGUCUAAAUUUAUGAUAGGGUUUGUUAUUUUAUUCUCCUAGAACUCCCCUCAAGGCCUAAUAUUUGAUUUGUGGAACAAGAAAAUGUUGUAUUCACAUAAGCAAAUAAUUGCAAGUGAUAGUAACCUAGGGUUUCUUCUUCUGUGAAGAAUUAAUGGACUUUGAAAUUGCUAAAUAAGGAAUAGCUUGUAUUCUAGCCAUUUGAUGUAAUACGAAUGUUUUUGUUUUGUUUUCUUUGAGCCUUCAGAGUUUUAAAUGACCCUCAGGACUCAUUAGCUCCUGCUUAGCUGCCCAGAAAACUGUAACAGAAAUACCCCUGGAUCACAUCUGUCCGCGAGGCUCUGGUGCUUAGUUAAGGUGCAUUUUCUUAUUCUAGGUUUAUAGGGUGACAUAAUUCAACUGAAGAAAACACACACAUAUUUUUGGUGCUUAUUCUUCAGUUGAAGGGAGAUAUGCAUUGAUUCUUUUAUAUGAAAUUAAACAGAACUAUUAUUUUCGUAGCUCUUUACGUAUGAUAAAGAGCUUUCCUGUACAGUCAUGUGUUUCAUUUGCCCAGCAAUCCUGUCAAGUUGAUAUAAUUAAUAUCAUUCCUGUUUUAAAGGUAGAGAACUAAGGUUUGGAAAUAUGGAGAAACGUGUCCAUGACACGUAGCAAGUAAAUGGUGGAGCCCAGGUCCCGACUCCAAAUCUCAUGUCCUUUUUCUAAACCAUAUAUCUUGCUGAGAUUCAGAAGGUCCAUGGUUAUAAUUUAAUGGUGAGCAUAUUUCAAUAUUUCUUUUUGUUUGUUUCCUAGAAUUCCUUUUUAAGCUAAAGUUUUAGGGAAAACAAUUUGAUAUGCUUCAAUUUUGUAAAAAAAAAAAUAGAGAGAGAGAUAUAUAAAAAUAUACCUAUCUGUAUUAGAGAAAAACUGCUCUUAUUUAUUUCUGUAAGAUAUUAUCAAUUAAAUAAAUAUUUUAGUGGAAAUUGAAAUUUGAGAAUUUAUUUAAUUUCUGACUGUAGAACAUGCAGUGGGGGUUUUUUUGUUUGUUUUGGUCUCUCAACAAAAGAUGUUAAAAUUGUUUACACUACAGAAUCUUAUAUUUCGUAGACAUUUGUUAUUUCUUCAAAACAGUCAUGACAGUUCUUCCAAAUAAUUGUUCAAAACAAAUACAGAUCUAAUCACCACAUCUUCUUGGCUGCAAACAAAGAACUUUUUGGUUUUCUUCUUCCAUCAUUUUAUGUUGUCUGAAAUAUCACUGUGCUUAUAAAUAGUUGUUCUUAAAUGGGUGCUGUGCUAAUGAACCAGUGAGAGAAAAUGAUAGAAUCCCAAUGCUUGGCUUAAAUGUGUUUGAAUCUGGGGAUUUUCCAUUAAUGAAUCCAGGUGAGUUUACCAGGACUGAAAAGACUUACCAAUAGACAAUGUAAAAUACAUGUACCUAAAUCCGUAGUCUUUUGCCUCAAACCUGGAUAGUUAUACUAUGCUAAUUGCAGCUUCAACUUUUCUCUUUGGUGUGAUCUAGACAGAAUGAUCCAUGCAUUUAGUUUUAAGUAUGAGUCCCUUUCAUAUCACAUUAAUAACAAGAAACUAAAAACUCUCAACGUAGUGAUCUGACAUGUAACCACAAAGACUUUACAAAUAAUUAUCAAACUUAACAAUACUUAUCAAAAUACUUAGGAGUUGAAUUUAGCAAUGCACGAUUCAUCAUCAGCUCAGGCUACCCUUUCAAGGGGACAAAGGAAGAAAUUAUAUCUUUUAAAAUUUCUCUUGCUCUCAUUCGCUAGUUCUCCCGAGAUUUCAUGUGCUGGAGUUCUUGAUUAAACUGCAGAAUAGCCUUUGGGAAUGCAGAAAGCACCUAUGCUAAAGGACCUCGGGCUUAGUUAAAUUGAAUAAAAAACCUUUCAGUUUUUUAGGAUUUAAAACAAAAUCCCACAAUAAUAUGCUGUUUCAUAAUUUUUAACUGGCAUACCACUGUAAAAAUGAAAUGUCAUUGAAACAAUACAGUACAAGAAUGCAUUGUAGGCCUAUCUACUCUGAUAAAGGAAAUCUUUAAUAAAAUUUCUUCAAAUUGAGAUCAGUUAACUAUGUUUUAUAAAAUUUGCAGGAAUCUCCAUGUGCCUCUGUGACACUGUGAAGCCCACGUGAGUGCUGUCACAUGUGAGGGUUGCAUAUGAACUACUUGCAAGCCUUGCUUUAGAGGAAGGCUAUGUGAGUAAUUGAUAACCCCAAAGGGAAUUCAAGUCUUGCAAUAGGUAUGUGGUGGUGUCUCCAAGUUAUAGAACAGAUAGUGUCACAUACAGAAAAUAGCACGAGAACUUGGCAGGGACCGAAGUUGCCAUCUCCAGUCUUCCCUUGCCUUCAGUCAGCCUUUCAGGGGCAUGCAUAUCUUGUCUUUGAAGGUCCCAACCAUCCCUGGGAUCCUGGUCCAUUAUUUAAUAUUAGUGACUCUGAAGACUGAUUUUGUUCAUGAAAACCAACUUUGUUAUAUUGAAACCAAACCCUUUGUACUGCAGCUUAUGCUUUUUUUCUUUCAAAAUAGAAAUAAAACUUAACCUCCA